GAACCUCCCUCGAGUCAAGUCUAUCGUCACUCAGUGUGUGUUGAGCCGUUGCCGAGGGAGGUUGUCGGUGUGCCGCAGGGUUAGUGUCGGGGUGCGUGGCCGCCCAGCAGGUGUUUGUCGGGGUGGCUCAAGGUCGCGCAGGUACACGUGAAGAAGAAAGGCAAGGUGGGAACAGAGGAAGGGAGGGACGAGUCAGCCGUCUGUUGCGUCACCAUGACCUUCGAAGCCCUCCAUCCACCCGCCUGAUCCCCGCCAAUAAAACGCGAGGCGGCGGCGGCGGCGGGGCAAUACGACCGAAUCACCCGCCGAAGAAGGAUCUCAACCAAGCCGCAGGGGUGUGUCGUGGAGCGCCGGUGCGGGGACCCAAGAGUCAUUUACCUCCACCCAGCUCGGCCAGACGCAAGAACAAGCUGGCUCUGAAGUGACAAGUGACGGCGUGCUUUGUAUAGGGUCCGUGUGAGGGUGUUGCUCCCUCCCCCUAUUGUUCUCUUACGAUACUCUCGCGGGCGUUCCUGUAACCGCUCUCUAACCCGUCUGGGCCAUCCCCGGAGGCGCAGAGAGAGAGGAACAGGAAAGAAAGCGCUGAAACAGAAGUGAGGUGCAUUGGUAUUCGUGUGAGGCUGUUUCUUUCAUCCCCACAUUGUCCCCUUGCCCCAAACUCUCCCGGACGCUCCUGUAACCCGUCCCAUCGCUAGAGGCUCAAGAAGGAAGAGAAAAAAAGCGCUGAAUCAUAAGUGAGGUGCAUUGGUAUUCGUGUGAGGCUGUUCCAUUCGUCCCCACACAGUUCCCUUGCAUCAGACUAACCUAACCCAACCCACACAACUCGUCUGGCCUAUCCCCAGAGGUGCAGAGGAGGAAGAAAGUGAGGGAAGUGCUGACUCAGAAUUGACAUGCAUUGCUGUGUCUGUGAGGUUCUUGUUUUUCCCUCCGUCUCUCUUGCGGUACUCUCUCGAACGUUCCUGUAACUCUCACAACAACCAUCUGACCCCUUCCUCAAGCUCAGAGAAGGAAAGAAAACGUUAUUGCUCUUUCCACGGCAUUGUUCAUUGUUUUAACCCCCUCCCCACCCUUCCCCGACCCGUGUGUUACAUCACUUGAGGCGCACAGGAGUAGGACCACCCUUGCUGACUUGCGUCGCCUCUCAGCGCAGGGUUAAGAAGACCACCUUGACGCAACCUCAGUCUUGGGGUGCUCCUCGGUUGGUUCGGACACACAGCCCUGCCCUGCCUCACCACUCCGCGCGCAGCCUUCUCUACCCUCACUGUCACCCCCCCCCCCCCUAUCGUUCUCUCCACUGUCACCGUCAUCACGAGAACUAUUAAGCUAUUGACACUGCGGACACUUGCCUCACGUUGCGCCAUUAAAAUCUCAUCCUUAAAUCUCAUCCUUAAAUCUCAUCCUUAAAUCUCAUCCUUAAAUCUCAUCCUUAAAUCUCAUUCUUAAAUCUCAUUCGCCACUGUUUUUUCAUUAAGACCUUGAACACGUCGAGAACAAACAGAACGUGCGGACGCUUAAUUAAACUGAGGGACUUGAAAGACCGAAUGUGACGCUAGUUAGAGAAAGAAUAACAGUUUGCUUAUCUACUGAACGCUACUGACGGAGAGCAAGAUGGAGACUACGGACAUCACGACGGACAUGGCCUCCACCGUCGGCGUCACCAACCUGAGCGAGCUGACCCUCGGGGGAUGCACGCAGGAGGUUCUUGACUUCGAGCCGUCUUGCAGAGAGUUCCUGGAGAUCAUGGGCCUCGGGGGCUGGGCGCUGCUCGGCCUGGCCACCAUCACGUACGUCACGCUGCUGGUGGUCUUCACGGACACGGUCAUACACGUCAUCAAGUAUUGCCACGUACAGUACAAGGAGACCACCGCCAUAGUGCUCACGGUGUACCCGGUCCUCGGGCUGUGCAGUUACCUCGGCUUGCUGUUCCAAAAGGCGAAUCUCUUCCUGGACGCCGCCGCUCAGCUGUGGUUCGCGUUCUGCAUGUACCAGUUCCUGACGCUCACCCUCAAGUACUUUGGGGGGGAGACGCGGUUCGUGGAGAAGGCUAAGGGUACCGUGAUGCCCUGGAGGAGUCCCCCGUGCUGCUGCUGGCCCUGCUGCAUCUGCCUGUGUCCUAAAGGGCCAAUCAGCAAAAAACAGAUCCGCUUCGUCAAGAUCCUGGUUAUGCAACAUCCCUGGGUUCAGCUCGUCUUCUCCAUCCUUGGCCUCACACUCUGGCUCGAGGGCUGGUACACACACACUGAGGUCAGCGCCACCGACGCCUACAUCUACAUCUUCGUCGCGUCCAGCGUCUCCUUCCUCUUCGGGCUGUGGGCCUUCAUCGUGGGCUUCAAGGCGUCGCUCCCGCAGCUUCAGGAGUUCCACUACACGCCCAAGAUCAUCACGUUCCAGCUGUGCCUCGUCUUCCUGCGCCUCCAGGCCCUCAUCGUCAACUCCAUCCUCGUCCCCAGCGGCGCCAUCCCCUGCCUGCCGCCCCUCUCCCCACGUGUGUUUGCCAAUGUCAUCCUCAACUCACUCCUCCUCGGGCAACUCCUCGUCCUGGUCAUCGUGGCGAGACACUACUACAAGCUCCCGACACGGUCCCCGAUACUGGAGACGCAGGAGGCGGGGCAGGAGAAGACCAACUCCGGCCACCACCUGAAGAACGGCGUGGUGGUGGUGAAGGUGGAGGAGAAGGUGAACGGCCUGCCAUCCUCCAACGAACCGGAACAAGAAAACCUGCUACCGUGAUGAUCGUCAAUGAUGCGUUUUUUGUUUUUAGUGUUGUUGUCAUUGUCAUUAUUAUUAUUAUUAUUACUUUUAUUAUUUUUACUACUGUUUCGUUUUGUUUUCCUUUAGACUUUUCAUUUUGUCAUUUAUCAUUUGUUUUUUUAUGUCUCUCCUUUUCUAUUCAUAACUUUUUGCUUUGUUUAUUUUUUUAUCCUUUCCAUUUAUGUAUUUUGGUAUUUAUUUGUAUUACUAUCAUCAUUACUAUUAUUAUUAUCGUUAUUAUUAUUCAAAAAUGUGUUCGUAGCCGAUAGAACAAAUACCUCACACACACACACACACACACACACACACACACACAAACGGCCCAACUACCACAAUAAU